AUGGGUUUCAUCCCAACCAUCCGGAUGCGCAAAGACGCCGUCGGAGCUCCGGAAGUCGGCCAGUACGACGACAAGCACCCGCAUGAGCCCGAGCCGGGCGUCACAACCGAUAGCGAUCCCGAGACGCGGCUGAGUCUGGAAGCGCGUAAUGAGCAGGAAGUCCAGGCGCAUCCGGAUCAGGUGACCCAGAAUGCGGAUAUCGGCGUACAGAAAGCAGAAGCUGCUGCCAUCGUCUGGGGCAAGAAGACCGUAUGGGCCACGUUGGCAUGGAUCUGGCUAUGCUUCUUCAUGCUCGCCUUCCAGCAAUCCAUCCAGACUACCGCCACCGUAACCGCCUACGCAUCAUUCUCCACCGCACCCGCCAUCACCACGGCCUCCAUCCUGGCCAACAUAAUCGGCGGUGUGCUCAAGCUGCCCAUCGCCAAGACGCUCAACCUCUGGGGCCGCGCCGAGGGCUUCGUGGUGCUGUUCGGCGUCUACCUCCUCGGCAUCAUCAUCCUCGCCGCCUGCAACGGCCCGAGUUCCUACGCCGCAGGCUACGUCCUCUACUGGAUCGGCUACGACCAGAUCUAUCUCAUCAUGGACAUCUUCGUGGCCGACAUCUCGGGGCUGCGGAAUCGCGCGCUGGCUUUUGCGUUCGUCGGCACGCCGUUCAUCUGCACCGCCUUCACCGGUCCGCUGGCCGCGCAGAGCUUCCUCGCUACGAGUGGCUGGCGCUGGGCGAUCGGAGCGUUUGCUAUCGUGCAGCCCGUCGUGUUUCUGCCGUUGGCGGUUGUGUUCAAGUGGCACACGCACAAGGCGAAGAAGAUGGGUGUUUUCCAGCAGGAGGCUGCUAGUGGGAGGACUACGGUGCAGUCUAUUAUUCACUACAUCCAUGAGUUUGACGUAAUCGGCGCAUUCCUCCUAAUAGCCGCCUUCGUCCUCUUCCUCCUCCCCUUCAGCCUGCAAACCUACGGCCUCGCCCCCUACUCCUCGGCGACCUUCAUCGCCAUGGUCGUCAUCGGCUUCCUCCUCUUCUUCGUUUUCGCGGCGUGGGAAGCCUUCUUCGCGCGCGCGCAGUUCAUCCGCUGGGAGCUUUUACGUCAACGCACCGUGCUCGGCGCCUGCCUCAUGGCCGCCGUGCUGUACUUUUCCUUCUACAGCUGGGAUUUGAAUUAUUAUUCGUUUGUGAAAGUGGUGUAUGCCCUGCCCGUUAGUUUGGCCGGGUACAUGCUGCAGGUUUAUAAUGUCGGAAGUACCUUCUGGGGCGUGGUGUUCGGGGUCUAUGUCCGCUACACGAAGCGCUUCAAGCACGCGUGCCUGUUCUUUGGAUUGCCGCUCAUGUUCCUGGGCGCGGGGUUGAUGAUCUAUUUCCGCGGCGACGAUAAGGGGAUUGGGUAUCUGGUCAUGUGCCAGAUCUUCAUCGCGUUCGGGGGCGGCACCAUCGUCAUCGGCCAGGACAUGGCCGUGAUGGCCAGCUCGGACCGCAGCGGCGUGGCCAUGAUGCUCUCGCUCAUCAGUCUGUCCAGCAGUAUCGGCGGCGCGAUCGGGGACGCGGUCACGGGCGCGAUCUACGCGGGGACCUUCCCGCAGGCGCUGGAGAGGGCACUACCUGCAGAUGCUGGAGUUACGGCGGACCAGCUUUACCUGGGCGGGUAUUUGACGCAGGAGAUGUAUGUUCCAGGCACGGCCGUGAGGGCGGCGGUUGAUGCCGCUUGGGGGGAGUAUGAGAAGUAUGCUGCUAUUUCGGCGACGGCGAGCUUGCUGCUGGGGAUCCCGGCGAUUGCGAUUUGGAAGAAUUAUUAUGUUGGGAAGCAGCAGAAUAAGGGGACUGUGAUAUAA